CCUCAAGCGGUUGGCGGGAAGCUAUUCACAAGGGGCGUCGUGGUCGGAGCGGAAUGUGACUGCGGAAGUAGAAAAGCUAUGAAGUCAUCUUUCCAACUUCUUAUUUGAGUCCUGAUUUUCUUCCAAGGUCGACCAUCAAGUCAUGUGAUAUCCUUGUACAACUUCUUUCGACCACUUCUAAAAACUAAGUUGACUUUUGAUGAACAAGACAACGAUAUAAUUUCAGCGUUGAAAGAUAGACGCUCUUCUAAUGUUGACGCUGAGUCCCUCUCCUGAUAAUGGCCUAAAGCGGCCAUCCUUGGGUGUGAAAGUGACACGAGUGGCAAGUAAUGAUACAAGAGCACUAGGGAGCGCAAUCUUCUACUCAGGAGAGAGGUCCGAAGACGGGACGUUGUCGUGGAUAGGUAGUUCGGAUGCGGAGGCUGCAGAUCGGCAAGCGGAGAUUGCGGAAGAUGUCAAAAAUCAAGAUCACGGGAGUAAACUCCACAUCGUUAACACGUCUUCGUCGAAAGGGACCGCGUCGAAACAAGGGAAUGUCGUGGCAGCACAUGCGAAAGCAGUUGCAUCAUCAGGUAACAAAGACAAGCGGGGAUUGAGUUCCUCACCUAAAGAUGCAAUCUCAAUAAACAAGGAGAGUGCAAGUGGU